GAGAGAGAGAGAGAGGGAAGGAAAAGAGUGAGCUGCGGAAAGAGCAAACGGAAAGCAGCAGAUUCCCGCGCCACGUGUGAGCGAGACGGUUGAUCGAUCUCCUCCGCCGAUGGCAGCAGCAGCAGUAUGUUACUGCUCCGGAGCCAAAAAUGGCGGCGUCCUCUCCCCUUCCCACGCUCUCUCUCCCCUCGCUCCCGCUCUAGAAAGUCGAGGCCGCGGCCGAUCGGUUUAUUUUUCUUCUUCUACUUCUGGCGCACCGCCAAUGCCUCCCGCCACCACCGUCAGGCUGCUACUAGCCUUCUCCGCGCUACUACUGUGCUGCGGUUUCACUACGGCGGCCGCGGCGUCGUCCGUCGAUGUCGAUGGCGGUGUUGCCAGGCGGGUGCUGCACCAGCCAUUGUUCCCCAUCGAGUGGACCCCGCCGCCGUCGCCACCGCCUCCGCCUGCUCCGGACUUCACUUCCGACCCGGCGACGCCUGACGGGCCUCCCGGCGACUUCUUCCCUCCGGCGCCACCGACGGCGCCUGCUGCCGGCGGUGGUGGUACGGCGACGACGUCCACGCCGACCACUGUCGCGGCAAACGUCCCGACCACUCCGGCUGGUGAUGGCGGCCACCACGGCGGCCCUGCGAAGGCGAGCAUCGUCGCGGCGGGGGCGGCCGCGGCCGCCGCGGUCGCGCUGCUGGCCUUCGCGUGCGCGUUCCUCAUCACCAGCCGCGCGCGCCGCCGCGGUGACUCGCAGAAGCUGCUCGGCCCCGACCGCGGGUCCGCGCGCCACCACGCCGCGCCCUCGGCCGCCGAGUUCCUCUACGUCGGCACGGUGGAGCCCACUACGCCCGGCCGCCACCACGGGCCCACCGCCGCCGAUCUCAUCGGCUCCCCGUACCGCAAGCUGCGCAGCGAGCGCGCGCGCCGCGGGCUGGGCCGCGACGAGCCCACCGACCACCCGAGCCCGGAGCUCCGGCCUCUCCCGCCGCUGCGACGCGCGGCCACGAUGGGCUCCUCCGACGAGGACGCCUACUACACGCCGCGCCAGCGCUCCGGGGGCUCCGGCGGCGGCGGCGGGGCUUGCGGCGAAACGUGGAGCGAGGCCAGUGCGUCCAGCCCGCCCACCACCACCACCGCGUCCCGCCGAAGCCUCCCCAGUUUCACCAGCGACUGCUUCCCGCCGGUCGCGGCCAUUGCUGCGCCGACACCGCCCCCCGCGCGCUCCCGUCGCACGCCCCCGCGCACGCGCUUCUCCGCCGGCUCGACACCCGACAUCAAACAGGUGAUCUCGCCGUCCCCGCGGUCGGUGCAAUCCUCCAAACCAACACAGCCGCCGCCGCCGCCACCACCACCUCCACCCCCACCUCCUCCUCCACCGCCGCCGCCGAAACCCAACACUGCUUCUAAACCUCCUCCUCCGCCGCCGCCACCGAAGCCUCCGUCUAGUACAAUCCCAAGGCCCGCGGAGCCGCCGUCCGGGCCGACGUCGCGGCGCCGGUUGCUCAAGCCGUUGCCUCCGGAGGGGCCCCGCAUUGCCAUGCCGAUGCCGAUCACGGAGGCAACGUCAGUGGACAACAACGGGAGCACGUCAAUGCGUAAAGGGGACGACGCGGUAGACGGUCUCGUUGGCAACGGCGAGCCGCGGCCCAAGCUGAAGCCGCUGCACUGGGACAAGGUGCGGGCGACCUCCGACCGCGCCAUGGUCUGGGACCAGCUGAAGUCAAGCUCAUUCCAGUUGGAUGAGGACAUGAUCGAGGCAUUGUUCAUGAACAACUCAACGCCAGCCGUGCCGUCCAGGGAUGCAGGGAGGAAGGCCACCGUGCCGCCGUUGAGGCAGGAGGACAGGGUGCUCGACCCCAAGAAAGCACAGAACAUCGCCAUCCUGCUCCGUGCGUUGAAUGUUACGCGCGAGGAGGUCUCUGAUGCACUGUUGGAUGGUAACGCUGAAUGCUUGGGAACUGAACUUUUGGAAACUUUAGUCAAGAUGGCUCCUACUAAAGAGGAAGAACUCAAACUACGAGAUUAUAAUGGUGACUUGUCGAAACUUGGUUCUGCAGAGCGCUUUCUCAAAGCUGUGCUUGAUAUACCAUUUGCCUUCAAAAGAGUUGAUGCCAUGCUAUACCGAGCCAAUUUCGAGACUGAAAUAAAUUACUUAAGGAAAUCUUUUGAAACGCUAGAGGCAGCCUGCGAAGAUCUUAGAGGCAGUAGGUUGUUCCUGAAACUCCUCGAAGCAGUGCUGAGAACUGGGAACCGGAUGAAUGUUGGCACAAACCGGGGUGAGGCCAAAGCCUUCAAGCUUGACACUCUCCUAAAACUUGCUGACGUCAAGGGCACUGAUGGUAAAACAACGCUAUUGCAUUUUGUCGUCCAAGAAAUCAUUCGAUCAGAAGAUGCAAAAUCAGAAAAAGAAAGUGCCAUUGUUAUUCAUAGCUCUAAAGAUGAGCAGUUACGAAGGCAAGGCCUGAAACUUGUGUCCGGGCUCAGCAGCGAGCUAGGAAAUGUCAAGAAAGCAGCUAUGAUGGACUUCGAUGUGUUGCACGGUUAUGUGAAUAAGCUAGAAACAGGCCUUGAAAAGAUCAAGUCAGUUUUGCAGCUCGAGGGGCAAUGCACCCAAGGGCAGAAAUUCUUUACGACAAUGCAAAGUUUUCUGAAGGAAGCUGAGAAGGAGAUCGAGCAAGUGAGAGGCGAGGAGAAGAGGGCUUUGGUGAGAGUAAAAGACAUCACCGAGUACUUCCAUGGCGACACCGCGAAAGAGGAAGCACACCCUCUUAGGAUAUUCAUGGUGGUGAGGGACUUCCUCUCGACGCUGGAUCAUGUCUGCAAGGAGGUUGGCCGGAUGCAGCAGGACAGAACGGUCAUCGGGUCGGCCAGGUCAUUCCGCAUCUCGGCUACGACCUCAUUGCCAGUUCUAAGUCUCUAUGGACAACGAAGAGAGAACAACUCUGACGAUGACAGUUCAUCUUCAUAGGACAGAGAGGUUCAGGAACAAAGUCACAAACUGAAUUUUGGAACGAACAUAGUACAUCAACUUUGCCAGCUUUAGCAGCUGCAGCAGAUGUCACAAUGACAUUGAGAACGAGUCACACGUUUAACCUUGGGAGCACCAAAGUUAGGGACGAUGGGGGGUGUAUACGUUUGAAUCCUGUGAAAUUUUUUUGUACAAAAGAAAAAUAAUCAUAGCAAGUUCUUUCUCUCUAGUUGGGUAACUUGCAGAAUUGAGGUUGAGGAUAGAGAAGUUGCUCGCUUUUAGUAUGUAGUAGUGCAUUGCAGCUUCUGAGCUAUGGCUAUACUCUGUUCUUAUGUAAUUAUGCUCAUCUAAUAUAACCUGGGAACAUGUUAUCACUCA